GUUCUCUAAAAGUCAACAUGACAUCAUAUUCAUUAUUUUUUUCUUUUCAAUAUGUUUCAUAGCGAAUUUUCUAACGGAUAUUGGUGCUGGGACGAUGAAAGAAAUGCUUUAUUUUAUAACAAAACAACUGAACCUGAAAAGUUACCAACAUACAAGCAUGAGAGCAGUGUAGUAUCUGGUGUGCAUGACGAAAAUGUUUCAACGAAUCUAACUGCAGUAAAAUUCAGAGAUCUGAUUAAUAGAGUUUCCCAGGCUCAAUUCAAAAGGGUCUACAGAAGGAAAGUCAAACCUGGUGCCGCUGAUGUUGUCAUAAUACAAGAUGUUAAGGAUGUUGUACUAUUUUCAGCAGAAGUGAGAGAUUUAACGGCCGAGUUCAUAAGAUUUUUUCACUUACCCACAAUGGACGCUUUUUUACGAGCUGCAAUCGUAUACUUCCAAUACCUAUUUCAGAUUUGGGAGCACGUUGAACAGAGAAGAGAAGAAUCGAAACGAAAAUUAACGCAACCGAUUGUCACAGUCCUAGAAGAUAAAAUAAUGGACAAUCUUGGCGAUCUGAGGAGUAUAUUAUCGAGAGAAUACCACCGUCUCACUUGCGGAAUGACUGACGCAUGGAAAUUCUAUCAUUUGAAUAACAAGAACAAUGUUUCGACGUCCGACAAAGAUAGAAGACUCUUUGAGUCUUUUAUGUGUGCCGCUGUGAGAGUAAUUUGGUGGGCGCUUCAUAGGAAGAACUUCUGUCUGAUAGAAACUGAAUUGAACAGACUACUAAGAACAAAAGUAUUCAAUCUAAUCGAGCACAGACCAAAGAGAAUUGACACCUUCGAUCUAGCUCAAAGUGAGAAAAGAUACGUAUGGGGCAAGGCUUGCAGGGAUGAGAAAAAAUUGAAACACAGAUCACCAGCAGCUCAAGAAUUGAUGUUCGCCACUCACGAUUACAAACUUCUAGCUGUUGGAAUCAGACAAAUUGAAACGAACGACCCAAGACAUAAAUUCCUGGAAAUAGCUUAUACAGCCCCAGAAGAACACUUGUUUUCUCUUGGCGUUGGACUGGGGAUAUUGGGGUACCCAAGAGAUAGACUUGACACGUUAUUGAAGCCUAGGGAGAGAACAAAAACUGAUGUCUUAGGAGAAGAAUUGGUUGUCCCCCCUUUUAUUCUACCACAAAAACAAGAGUUCGAAGAGAUUGUCGUGAGCCAAUCGUUGCCAAAAACCCCACCUAAAUAUAGUGAGACGAAUGAUACAAAGAGAACACGAAAAACUCAGAUGAAUCUCUGGAUAAAGCAUAUAGAAAGCUGUGGUAAUAUAUCGAUUAUGGUUGCAGAUACUACAGCAUCUUUGAUGGGUUCAUCGGUAUAUGAACGUGACUCGAGAAACUUCGAUAAUACUGAAUAAUUAUUAUCAUCAAUUUAAUUAGAAAUGUUGAAUUCUAAAUUUAUUGUCGAUAAUUAUUGGAUUUAUUGCAUUUUUUUCCGAAAUUGUUUGAAUAAAAAAUAACUGAAAAAAAUUUACUGGGAGUUCCACUUGGGUGCUUCCAUUUUCUAUUAUAUGACGAAUAGUAUUCUCAAAUGAUCUAUGAAUUUGAUAAAAUGAUUUCUAAAGGUUGUUGAAGCGUACAUGUAUCUUUUGAUGAUUAAAUGACAUAACCUAUUGCCUACUAAACACAUGUGACAUAAGAAAUGUCAAAAAAUUAUACAUAGUGCUGACAUUUAGUGUUCUGUGGUGCUGACAUUAUAUCCAUUUUAAAAAGUAUCAUAAGAAUGGUAGGUUUUAGAGGGGGUUUUCAAUAAGAAUUGGAAAACCCUCUAAAACACACUCAAACUUUGAAUCAUUUGUUAAAUUGGUUUUUUAAAUUAUUCAUUGCGAGAUUUCUUAUAUUAUACCACUAGAAUCAUCACGUUUUUGCCUACCUUCAGCAUAUCCCUUAGGAACUAAAAUUUGCAUAAUUUCAUUUAUUGUAUAUUCAAAAAUGAAUAGCAUCUAAUUGAUUACAUUAUCAUGAUAUGAAGGGAGUCAAUAUCAAAGUAUCACAUAUAUAUCACAUAUUUCACAACUACAGGGUGAAUUUCAUUGAGAUCUGUCUCAUCCUCAAUUCUAAAUACACGCCUAGUAAAAAUAACACAAUAGACAAGAAAAUAAAAACAUAACCUAUCCAUUGUCCAAUAGCUCCAGCUGAAAGUGAUAA